UAACAGUUUCUAAUAUUGUGAAAAUGCAUUUAUAAUCUUGAGAUUCGUCUGUUGGGACCUUUCUUAUCAAUACAUAUAUAUAUCAUAUACAAUCCCUCUUCAUUUUCUGGGAUUACGUUUUCUUGUGCAAUUCUCUUGAAAAACCUGUUUUGAAGUGCUCUUGCUGCAUUUUUUCCUGGUUUUUUUGUUGGCUUUUCUUACAAGAAUGGGAAACAAGAGAGAGAAAGAGGAAGGAGAGAAAAAGAAAUGGAGAAAACCAUGCUGUGAGAAAGAGAGAGUGAGAAAAGGUGCAUGGACUCCUCAAGAAGACAAAAUUCUUGUCGAUUUCAUCACAAAGAAUGGCCAUGGCACUUGGCGAGAUCUCCCUAAACACACAGGUCUCCUUCGGUGUGGAAAGAGUUGUCGUCUUCGUUGGGCAAACUAUCUUCGACCAGACAUUAAACGAGGCCCCCUUAGUCCCGAGGAAGAGAAUACUAUUAUUCAUCUUCAGGGCAUGCUCGGUAACAAAUGGGCUGCUAUUGCUUCUCAUUUACCUGGAAGAAAGGAUAAUGACAUUAAGAAUUUGUGGCACUCGCACUUGAAGAAGCAUUUCAGCAGCAAAUGCAGUCAUCCUCCGGCCUCUUCUGAGAUGGUUAUGAAAUUAGACUCCCCAUCGGAGUGGGAGAAUGUCAGAGUUGAGGCUAAGUCGAGUUUUUCUGCCAAUGCAUUGCUUCUGAAUAAUCAGUCAUCGGUAUAUAAAUCUGAUCAAGGCGACUAUUUCAUCCGUCUGCGGAAUUCUGAGCUUGGAAAGUCGUUUCAAAACAUUAAAGAAAAUGUAGAACCCAUUAACUGCAAGACCAGAGCAGAAGAUAUGACAACAGCUUACUCAGACUUGUAGAAAUCAUAUGAGAUUCAUGAUUCCUCUGAUGCCAUGUUGAAGCUACUACUAGGUUUCCCAGUCGGGGGAAAUGAUACGGAAUUCCUACAAGGACAAAUUGAGGAUGUCUAGUCUAGUAAUAUGUUGAGAAAUAUUCAUUUUAAUAAAUAGUUGAUUGCUAAAAUAAGCAGUUUUCACCUGAAGACUAAAAUUGGAUUUGCUCAUAAGAAAUUACUA